GCACGCUUCAUUCCGACCUCAAUCCUCCAUCCUCUCUGGAAGGAAGUGUCUAACAUUCGCUCUACCUGCAUCCAGAUUCCGCUCCGGGACCAUCCACCUCCCUCGUUUUGGUGCUGCGUUUCCGUUCUUUCCUAGUCCGUCUCUAAAGUUACAGUAAUACUUUCAUCCGUUCGUUAAACUUUGCCUGUGUGGUGCUCCUGCUCCUAUUUUCCAGCGGCAACUGCAGGUUAAGCAGGCGUUGCUCAGCGACGGACCAUUGACCACCUUGAGAAUCGAAGUUGGAAGUCACCACCAACCUCCUGUCUCACAUCCCCAACCUAACUACCUGCCACGAUAAUACACCUGCCCUCCUUCAAUCCAUCAUACCAAUUCGAACGCAUCCCUACCUCGACGUUCGGUCUCAUCCGCAAGUCGGAGCAUAGUUUUGGAUCUCCCGAUAUCAUCAAAACAUUGGAUAUACAUUGGAGAGCAUUCGGUAAUCAACAAUUAGGGUGGGAAGGAGGACGACAGGUUCUCAAGCUUCAUCAUGGCGAACCGCAUGUCAACAUAUUCCACCACCUCCUCUGCGCCGGGGCGUAAUAUCAAUUCGGCUGCCCAGCAAUCCACACAAGUAUCGACGACUACUCUGUUGAAUUCUACGCACACAAUUUACACAUCCGGACAACCCUACAGACUUGAUGCAAGCACAAGUCUGGUAGUCAACACUUGGUUGUCUGCUACUCAAACUGAUCAGGAAGGACGUACAGGAGGUACAGUCGACCCUGCAUUAGCAGCCCGAGCCUGGGAACAUGCUAGACGACGUGCAGAGGAUGGUUGUAUUGUAAUAGCGUAUGCCAUUCAACCCUCGUCCACCUUGACAUUUCUGACCAUGAACUUAGAUCACUUCACCCCUCAACUCCUUCAAUCCUCGUCCCUUUCCUCCGGACACUUCCGCUUUCAAUUCCUUCUACCUUGUAUACAGCCCUUAAUGCCCUCCGACCAUUCAUACAUACAGCUUCUCCACAGAACCCUUCUACUCCACGGCAAUCUGCCCUCGGUGUCACAUUGACCCUUAGCUUGGCCGGAAAUCUCACAGCAGCUUCGUUGGCUUUAUCCGAAGGUGGCAUUGAUACCUCAAAGGGGUUGAUCAAUAUCCCAUCGGAAGCCGGAUACCGAGCAUUUGAUGUUUUUUACUACUUAUUAACUUCCGCCUCAACACCCGCUGAACGUGAAUUCUUGGGUCUCAAACAUGCGUCGAAUUACGCGUUACUCGCGAGAUCUCAAACUUACGAUCCACCAUCAUAUCUUCCAACAGCAGAUGAUGCUGCCUCUGCGGACGAUUUCAGAGCCGCCCUCAAAGAAAUUGGAAUUAAAGGAGCCGCACAUCGCAAUCUGAUAUCGAUAUUGGCUGGACUGUUGAAGUUGGGUGACACCUUGAGCUACAAUUUGGACGAGGAAGCUUUGGAAGAAGUCUGUGAGGAUGUGGGUGGUCUCCUUGGACUUGAGCCCGAUGUACUUGCCAAGCAAUGCAGCAUGCAAGAACGGGAGACCUUGGUCGGUGGCUUGUAUGAGGCUUUGGUCGAUUGGGUAAUUCUGAAGGCGAACGAGGCAAUCAGCGGUCAUAUGCAACGAAUUCGGGACGGCGAUUCCUCUAGUGAUGGUGGACCAGGUGCCAGAACCCCCAACACUGACGAGGACAACGGAGACACUGUGUGCAUCACUGUUUUAGAAAUCCCGGAUCCUACGCUCGGCAAAGCAGCAGUGAUGAGAUGUGUUUUUGACGAUACACAAGGUAUCAACGCUGAAAUGAAGGAAGACGGCGUUGAGGUUGUGGCUGCGGGAUCAUCAAUUAUAAGGGAUGUGCAAAAUGCCUUGACUGAAGUCGGGCCCGACUUGGGUAUUAUGACUGGACCAAACGGACGAGAACGAGAACAUGAGCUUGAGAAACGUGAAGCUGUCCUAGAGAAGGUUGGUAGAGAGGGCGAAGACGAUAGUUUUAUCAAGAAGAUCCUUUUCCCUGUCGAAGGCCAAGGUGUGAACCUCGGCCGUCAAGGUCGUCUUGACCUGGCCGCUGUUCUUGGAACCAGUCGUGUGUGGCAUCAUUUGUCAUUACAUCCCACGGACGAAUCUCCUGCAAGCCUGGCUUCGCUACCAUCAGUCACAUCCGCCUGGUCUGCAGGAACAGUGUCUAGGCAGUUACGUGCAUGGAGACUGCCCGAAUGGGCUAAUCGCAGGAAUAAGAAUCUCGAUUUCACUGCUGACUUUGAUCACGAGGAAUUCGUUCAGAGAUAUUCUCUUUUGGGCUGUAAGGAUGGCCGGGAUGGCAUUGAGAGCUGGAUUCUAGAACGUGGUUGGAGCAACGGAGAGGUUGUUCUUGGUACAGAACGUAUUUGGAUGAGAGAAAACGCUUGGUGGGAGGCAGAGGGUAUGCUCGAUCUCAAACCUGCUGAUGAAGGUCCGUUCGCUAUGGGUAGUCAACCAUUGGACACUGGAUAUUCAUCCGGUCCUAAUGGCAGCGGGUUCUUCCCAUCUAUGAACGAAUUGACACCAAAUGGGAGCCGGGAUAUGCUGGUCAACCGACAAAGCUCAGCAACCAUGGCCCGUAGUGCUCUAGGUGCUCGAUCCCUUGCACCUUCGAGGAACAUCAGUGCCGGUGAUUACGGUCUUGGUUUGAAAGGAGACGACGUGAAAGGUCAAGUUUACUACACCAAUGAGGAUGGCGAGUUGGUUAGUGGUAUGGAUCCUGAGUUGGCGGAACCCAAAAGUACUACCGUCACUGAAACCACCAUGAGUCGACGUGUCUGGGUCGGUUUCGUAUGGGCUCUCACCUUUUGGAUUCCGUCCUUCCUCCUUCGGUAUAUCGGCCGCAUGAAGCGACAAGAUGUUCGACUUGCAUGGAGAGAAAAACUUGUUCUCUUUUUCGGAAUCUGUUUUGCGAACGCUCUGAUGAUAUUCUGGAUCGUCGCCUUUGGUAAACUCCUGUGUCCAUUGAAAGACAAAGCAUGGAAUGCUCAGGAAGUUGCCUCACACACGGCUACCAACGACGUUUAUGUCAGUAUCCGCGGGAAGGUUUACGAUAUCACCAAGUUCUAUAAGAUUCAGCACAGUGACACCACUACCAAAACUACUGCAGCUAACAUGAUAGAAUUUGCGGGUUUGAACUUGGAUGAUUAUUUUGUACCACCGCUCACUGUCGGCUGCCCAGGUGUCGUUACCGACGAUAGCAUUGUUCUUACGGCCAACAACACUGUUGCAAACCCCAUUGCUAUGCACAUUUCUGGUCCAAAGUUUCAACCAUUUCAAGAGAGUGCAUUAUACGACAUCAAUUGGUAUGGACAAAGAUUCUUGCCCAGGAUCAAGGAAUACUACAUUGGAGACCUCGUAGUCAAAAGGAAUAAGGUCGAAUCCGAAGGACAAGACAACCAACACAUGUGGUUCAUUUUGAAAGACAAAGUCUACGACCUUACCAAUUACUUCUAUACUGCUGACCUGAAAGGGAAUUUGGCUUCCUAUGUUUUCCUCAACGAAAAAGUUUCCAACUUGAUUCAGGCAAAUCCAGGUAUGGAUAUCACAACUCAAUGGGACAAGAUGGUUGAUGCCGCCAAUGCCACCGAGCGUACCAACAUUGCAAACAAUUUGAAUUGUUUCAACAACGCCUUCUACACCGGAAUUCCAGAUUUCCGCGACUCUGUCAAAUGUCAAAUCAACAACUACAUUCUGCUCGCCUUUACCAUUAUCUUGUGUGCCGUUAUUUUGAUCAAGUUCUUGGCUGCUUUACAAUUUGGCUCGAAGCGUCGUCCACAACCGCAGGACAAAUUUGUCAUUUGCCAAGUCCCAGCUUAUACCGAAGGAGAAGACUCGCUACGAAAAGCUCUCGAUUCCUUGACCGCUCUCCAAUACGACAACAAAAGGAAGCUUAUUUGUGUCAUUUGUGAUGGUAUGAUUGUUGGAGGAGGUAACGACCGACCUACACCAAAGAUUGUCUUGGAUAUUCUUGGUGUCGACCCCAAAAUCGAUCCACCUGCACUUCCUUUCAAGUCUAUUGGAGAUAGUAGUGAGCAACUGAAUUACGGAAAAGUUUACUCUGGUCUUUACGAAUAUGAAGGAAAUGUGGUUCCCUACAUCGUCGUGGUCAAGGUCGGCAAAGAAUCUGAACAGGCCAAGUCCAAGCCAGGUAAUCGCGGUAAACGAGAUUCCCAAAUCGUUCUCAUGAGUUUCUUGAACCGUGUCCACCACCGAUCUCCCAUGUCGCCACUUGAACUCGAGAUGUUCCAUCAAAUAAACAACAUCAUCGGUGUAGAUCCUGAACUUUAUGAGUACCUUCUCAUGGUUGAUGCCGAUACAAGUGUUCGCGAGGACUCCCUCAAUCGUCUCGUAGCGGCUUGUGCAAACAACGCUAAAAUUGCAGGUAUUUGUGGAGAGACCAGUCUUGAGAAUGAAGAGCGCUCUUGGUGGACGAUGAUCCAAGUUUACGAGUACUACAUUUCCCAUCAUCUCGCUAAAGCUUUCGAGUCUCUCUUUGGCAGUGUCACGUGUUUACCCGGAUGGUUAGUUGACCUUUCUGAUCACUAAAACUCUCAAGCUAACGAUUACAGUUUCACCAUGUAUCGUCUUCGAACGGCUGACAAGGGAAAGCCUCUUAUUAUUGCUGAUGCAAUCGUUCAUGCCUACUCCGACUGCUCCGUCGAUACUUUACACAAGAAGAAUCUUUUAUCUCUUGGUGAAGAUCGUUUCCUUACCACUUUGAUGACAAAACACUUCCCAUACAUGUCCUACAAAUUCAUUCCCGAUGCGUUCGCCAGUACCGCAGCACCGGAAACUUGGAGUGUACUCUUGUCCCAAAGACGUAGAUGGAUCAACUCUACCAUCCACAAUUUGGCCGAAUUGGUCUGGAUCAAGGAGAUGUGCGGUUUCUGUUGUUUCAGUAUGCGAUUCGUCGUGUUUAUUGAUCUCCUCGGUACAAUUAUCCUUCCAGCAACCACCAUCUACUUGGGAUACCUCAUCUAUUUAGUUGCCAGUAAUACCGGCCCAUUCCCCUUGAUUUCCAUCAUCAUGAUUGCGGCCGUGUACGGUCUUCAGGCACUUAUCUUCAUCCUCAAACGACAAUGGCAACACAUCGGUUGGAUGGUUAUCUACAUUCUCGCGUUCCCCAUCUACUCGUUCAUUCUUCCAAUGUACUCUUUCUGGCUUCAAGACGACUUCUCGUGGGGUAAUACCCGUAUUGUUGUUGGAGAGAAAGAUGGAAAGAAGCUCGUGCAAAUUGCCGAUGAAGGUUUUGACCCUCGAAGCAUUCCUCUUCAGCGAUGGGACGAUUAUGCUCUUAACAACAAUCUCCCUGGUCGUCGUGGAGUCGCAGUUGAGAAGGCAUAUGACAACUAUGACGAUCAAUACGAGAUGGAUGACAUGAAAUCCAUGUACUCUUCAGUCAAACCCGCCUCUACGAUCCUUACUGGAUUCCCAGGCCGUAGCCAUUUCGCACCACCUGUUUCCCCAGGUUAUGCCGGACUUCGCCAAUCAGUUUACUCGGUCGGGCAAUACACAGACAACCCAGCGGCUCGUCAGCAAUCAUUGAUGUCUCCUGGAGGAAUUAAAGAUCGUUCCGCGUCUCCUUACCAGGAUUAUCCACAUGGGCACGCCACUCGCCCAAGUGUGGCGACACUUGGUACAGCUAUGAUGUCUCCAGAGCAAGGUAGUCGCUCACGUAGUGCUCUUGGGUUCUCUGGUGCUCGCACACCUAGUCAAUUUGAUUUCCAACGUGGUAACGCUGGUCCGGAUGAUUUGGCAAUCGUGGAUGCUAUCCAGGCUUGUUUGAGAGAAGUGGACUUGGAUACCGUAACCAAGAAGCAGGUGAGAGCUUUGGUGGAGCAGAGAUUGCAGACGGAGUUGGUUGGGGAUCGAAAGGUGUAUCUGGAUCGCAUGAUUGAUGCUGAGUUGGCGAAUAUGUAG